AUGUUCACCAUAAAGCUACACCAUGGUGGAAAUUUUAUGAAGCUUCCAAACACGAAAUAUGUUAAAGGUGAAGCACGAUAUAUUGAUUUAGUAGAUAUUGAUGAGUUCCCAGUUCAUGAACUAGACGCAAUGAUGCUAGAGCUAGGUUACUCUGUACCCCCAGUAAUAUAUUACCAUUUUAGGAUUCCUUAUGAAGACUUGGAUUUUGGUCUUAGAGCUUUAGGGAAUGAUAAUGAUGUCUUGAAUUUGGCUCAAUAUAUUGGAGAUAACAAGGUCAUUGAAGUGUAUACAGAACAUGGACAAACUAAUUUGCUGACCUAUUUUAUGUCUCCAAAAGGAAAGCAAAAAGUUAUUAUUAAGGAGCUCUGUGAUGGUGAUCUUCCAAAAGAAGCAAAUGUACCUCAAGUACCAGUAAAGGAUAAAACCCUAAUAAUAGAUGAAGCUAAUGAUCAAAAACAGUUAGCAGGGUAUAUGUCCUCGAUACUCUUUGACAAAGUCCCUACACAAGUUUCACCACAGUAUAGAAGAAAUGGAAGGGUGAACUCAAUAGUUGGUCAAAGUUCUUGUGCCAAAAAGCUUUGUUUAGUUGAAUUGGAUGAUGUAGUAGAAGAUCAAUGUGGUGAUCAUGCUAAAUUGGAUGAUGUUGUACAAGAUCAAGGUGGUGAGAAUCCUAAAUUAGAUGAUGUGGUACAAGAUCAAGCUGGUGAGCAUGCUAACAUGGAUGAUGUGGUACAAGAUCAAGAUGCUGAGCAGCUAACAUGGAUGAUGUGGUACAAGAUCAAGUCUGAACAUGAAAAGUCUGCUCACAGUGAUGAUCUUGGGCAACAAUCAGAAGAACCAUAUGAUGAACUUGUUGAUGAUGAAGACAAUAUAUCAGAAGUGGAGGUGGAUAUGACUGACUUUAACCUCAAUCUUGAUAAGGAUUAUGGUUGUGUUCAAAUGGAUAGGUUUCAUAACGGGGUUGGGACAAAUGAUGAACAUGAGGACAUAGAAGUCAUUGACAAUGAUAGAUGGGAUUCUUUAGAUGAAGGGUCAGAAGAUGAAAGGAAAAAAAGAUGUGCUCUUAACAAUUUGGCUAAGGAGAAAAGAUGCAGUCUUGGCAAUGUCCAUAAGGCCAGUUUUUAUGUUGGGCAAAAGUUUAAAUCAAAGAAAAAAAUUGAAAGAAAAAAUUGGAUAUGCACACAUUAG